AAGCAGCCCAUGUCUCUGGCCCCCCGUGGUCGAUUUCGCUGAUUGACAUCUCUUUCUAACCGUCAGAGCCAAUGGAAUCGAGGGAAAGUUCCCCAUACACACACAGCAUACUAAAUAAGGAGUGAGAGAGACGCGUAGAAAAACCGGAAGCUGCGCUAACCUCUGGUGGCUACCAUUAGCAGCAAAUCUUUCUUCUCCGAUUUUUGCAUAAAAAUGGAAUUAUGGAUUAUCAAUAAUUUUUUCAAAGUGACAGACACAUUGCUAUAACCUAUGGAUUAACCUUCAGCCGCGUUUUUUCUCGUUGUAAUGCCAUUGAACACGACUUUUGAUCAGAAUAACAGCUAAGAUGGUUUUGCACACAACAUGGACAUGGAGAGGAAUUAGAUUAAACACACCAGCCUUUCAUCCUUUUGUGUACAGCUGAAGCUUGGUCCACCACCAAAAAAACUGUUUGAAUAAUCAGAACACAGAUGUUUUCUACAAGGAGCCAAAUAAACCAACAACAAAUCUGAAUGGUGGAGCUGCUAACCGCAGAAUUACUGUUUUCUUGACAAUUUCUUAGUUUUAGUGUGCUGAGGCAUUUCAGUAUUAAUCGAAACUACCCUCAGAAGAAAUAAGAACCUUCCUUCUCACUUGUGGUUUUGUGAAUAAACAAAAGAACAACAUUGAUUAUCCUGCCCUCAGAGGCUGUGUCUGGCUUUCAUGUGUAAUAGAUAACACAGAACACCAGAAUAGAGCCACUUUAGUUGAAUACAUUGGAGCUCUGAAUACAAACGCGUUUCUGGACUGACCUUUCCUGAAUUAAAUGUUAUUCCUCACCUAACAGCAGGAAGCUGCCAUAUACACAGUUCCCCUUCACGUCACUGUAGAGUUAUGAACUCCAAGAUAAAGGGCAGAUCCUUUUCUCCGAAAGAAAAAUAAUCUGCGGGCUGGAGAUUGCGAUGCAGACGAAAAGCAUGUUUUGGUGACCAAAAUAGCAGAGGAGGAAGAGCGACGUCUGAGAGAGAGAAAAAAGGACUAUUAGGGAGAUGCAAAUAGAGAAAGUGAACUGUUUCUCAGCCCUCUCUGCCAGAUUUUCAACAGAGCACAACAAACUUGAGCAAUUCUCGCAGCAGUUGUCCAUGGGAACUUAUCCAAGGCACAUCGGAGUGGACCCUCCUAGGAAGUUCUGUUAGAUUGAGAAUAGUACUUUAUGAAGACCAAAGUAAUAGAGCACUUUCAUCCAAAUUUCAGCAAACUACAAGAAAACUUUGGGAUUAUAGCUGAAAAAGGACCGGAAGCAGCCACUUGGAAAGUAGAGCUACUCCUUUCCUUGUCCUUUUUUUCUGUGUUUUCCUCAUGUAAUGUAUUCACUGCCUGCCAGCAAGCACUAAACUUCCAUCUUCCAACUGGACCACAGUUUCAUCUUAUCAGGAGAGGGGAUUGAGCUGACUGGAACGAAACUCUCACAUACUCCCCUGCCAAAGGGUUUUGUUUCGCUGCCGCUGAUAAUUUUACCGUGUGUAACAUGGAGAUGGAAAAGGGACAUACGUCUAUCCGGAGAGGAGUGAGCUGGAGUCCAGGAGGAUUGAGGAAACCUCUCCAGGCAACCCAAAACACUCCUGGGACGGAAUGCAAUGCAUCAUGGGAGACAACAGGAUUCAACAAAGAACAGAUGAGCCGGAAAACAAAUCUGACGAGGAGUGCCAGUCUGUCAGAGAAGGAGCUAAAGGAGGCCCGUGUCAGGAGUCAGAUCAUCGCUGCUCAGCUCACAGUCCCUUCAAACUCCAGCUCCAGAGGUGUGCAGCUUUUCAACCGGCGCAAGCAAAGGGUCAGCGCCUUUACACUCGAAAGCUGUGGAGAGGGGUCAAGGGGUGACGGACCUGAGAAUGUGAAGACAGACCCCUCUAGUAACAAAAUAACAUGGGCAGAGAAGAGCACUGAAGAAAAGGAUAGACACCUGAACUUUAAGAACAGUAAGCCACUCUUGUCACCACCUGGCAGGGCACAUUCAGUAGGUGAUAUCAUGGAGGAACCAGCUAAAGAUUUCGACAAGGUAGUCGAAAUGGAAGACAGUGUUAUCCAAGAGAGACAUUUCCUACCUGUCAAGGAAGAACAGGAGGAAGAGGAAGAGGCAAGAGAUAAACUCUCAGUGGAGCUUGAGGACAAAGUCAAGGAUGAGAUUCCCCCUGGAAGUAAUAAUACUGAUCCGGUUGUGAUGAGACAGGCUGAGUGUGAGGCAGAGAUAAAUGAGGGCCACACAGGGCCAAUUCGCCCUGGAAAGCUUCAUAAUGGCUGCCACAGUACCUCUGGGCCUGAGAGGGUUCUUGUUCCAACAACCAAGCAGACUAACACCAUCAUCAAUCGAACGGCCAGGCCUUUUUUCUCGCCAUUGACAGUGCAGUCACCAGAGUCCUCCAGCCCUGUCAUGGAUGUUCCCCCUCCUCCUUCUUACGACACUCCUCCCCUCCCUGUUUACACUGCUCCUCAACCUUCGGCGUUCUCACCACUGCCUCCGCCUCCGUCAUAUCCCACACCUCCUCUGCCGGCUUUUACAAACCAGCCGCCGCAGAACUUCUACUCCAGUCCACCUCUGAUGUCUCCCGUCUUGUCUCCUCCACCCCCCCAGUUCCCUGUGUCUUCUGUCUCUCAGUUCCCACCCAUGCCCCAUUAUGGCCCUCCCAACGUCCCAAAGCCCUCCACCUUUGUUCCUCAGCCUGCUCAAGAGAGGAAGUCUAUGACACCAAUCAAAACGGGAAUACUUGAGGAGGGUGCUGCUAGAAGAGGGAAUAGGAAGUCAAUGUUCACCUUCAAAGAGAAGACGGUGGUAGCUCCGAACCCUGAGCUUCUCUCUCUGGUGCAGGGGGUGGAUGAAAGGAAGAAACAUGGACAUAUAUCUGUGCCUGAGCCAGUAUCCGAGGAAGAGUUGCUGGCACUGGGUGCUGAGGCCUCCAACUUCCUCGCCAAGGAGGAGGACAGGGCAGAAGAGGAAAGAGCUCCAGAGUGGGCUUCCAGCCUCAAGGCCUCCAGGACCCGUCCCAGGGCAGAGCAUGUGCCAGAUCAUAGCCUCACCAAUGUAUCAGGAAAAGGGGCUGAGCUGUUCGCAAAGCGACAGUCCAGGAUGGAGAAAUAUGUGAUUGAGAAGCAAAAUUCGGGACAAAUGAGGUCUCCUUCUCCCACUAUGUCUCUGCCACCAUCUUGGGUGUACCCAGCAAACAUGCCUGGCAGGGUGAAAGCCAUUGCAAAAGAUUCUGACAUGGGGGCUCAGCUUUCAGAAAAACUAAAGGCCCAACAAGCUGUCCAGCAAAAACCAAGACAAAAAGCCCCAGAGCCAGAGCCAAUCGCAGAGCCUCCGUUAGAAAAUGGUUGCUCCAAGUUAGAGAUGGACUUGUCAAGGCACCGGCCUUACCAGCUUUCCUCUUCCCUCUUCAUCCUCAACCCAGUCAAGGACCCCCUUAGUACCUUACCCAAAGGAGCACCACAGUCCAAGAACCUGAUAUCAAACCAGCCUUUCUCUAGACAGACUUCCUUACCUCAUAACCCUCCUUCUCACUUCCGUACCCAGAGUAUGUCACCACAGCUGCCCCUCAGCCCCACAAGAAGAGAAGCUGAAUAUCCACCAAAUCCAGCUUAUGGGCAGCCAAGGAUCAGCUCUCCUAUGUCGGCCUUCUCUCCAGAGCGAGUGUCCUCUCCACGGUCAGGGGUCCAGGCACCAAGGCCUAUGUUUUCUGCAAAGAAGGCAGGGAUUGCACCACAGACACCAACGGAUUCCUCCCCAGUUGAAUCCCGCAGUCAGGCUCCAACACCAACCAGGACGCCCAGCCUGACCAGACGUUUCAGCAGCCCAGAGGGCCCGGCACCUGGGACCUGGGCUCCCAGCCUCCAAGCUAACCGGCCCUCCACCGCCAUCUCUAGCGGCUCAGUAACUUCCCCUGUAUCCUCUACCAGAGGUACCAGAUGCCAAUCCCCUGUGGCCAGUCAGAAUAUCCAAUUGUCCAUGGUGACCUCCAGUACAGCAUCCAGAACCUCUCAAACAUUUACAGCCACUUCUUCACGCUCUUCUCCUUGGGGUUCAAGAUGUCAGUCGCCAAUGGUUAGCCAGAAUACCCAGUCUUCCACCAACACCUCUAUUCCUGGUUAUAGACCAUCCCAAACACCUACAACUACUACCCCUUUUUCUCCUCCUUGGGGUUCAAGAUGCCAGUCCCCGUUGGUGAACCAGUGUACACAAUCUUCCACUGUAUCCUCUACAUCCAAACCAACCCCAACAUCUACAGCUGCAUCACCACGCUCUCCUCCUUUGGGGUCAAGGUGCCAGUCCCCUAAGGUGAGCCAAAAAAGCCAUUCUUCCACAAUUACCUUUGUUCCUACAUCCAGACCAACCCAAACAUUGACAGCCACCUCUCCUGUGUCUCCUCCUUGGAGCUCACGUCCCCAGUCUCCUGCACUCUCCCAGACUAGUUUAUCCUUCUCCGCCACUAAACCUCUGCACAUAUUUUCUGCAACCUCUCCUGUUCCCCCACCCAAAGACAGUCGCUGCAUGUCCCCCAUUGUUGAUAACCAAGACUCUAAAGCCAACCACCGCCUCCUGGCCAAGAACAUCAUCAAUGCAGCCAAACGCAAAAACAGCCCCUCCCCUGGAGCACUAAGCGGCCACAGCCUCCCCAUCUCCCCACUGGGAAAUUCUCACCAUGGCUACGACUGUAACAAACCACCCAUGAGUCCUUUCCAGUCGCGGGCAUUUGGGGCCCAGUCCCCUACCUUCACCAGCCCUCCUCCAACCCCAACACAGAGGAUCUGUUCACCUGUGAGGCUCUACAACACUCGCUCCCUCACCGACUCUGAUGCCUCUGUUGAGUCUGAAGACUCAGGCCUGCGAUCGCCCGGCCUGCACUCCUACAACACCUGUCCCCGUGGCUGGGGCGGCAGCCUGAGAGUGAAGAGAAGCACUGUCUCCACGGACCUUUGAGGGUAUUAAUGGCAGGCAAUCAAAGCAUGAUUUAGGUUCAUAGACAUUUUGGGCAUUGGGUUAAUCAGAAAAAGAGUUUCUGAUGGCGCAUUAUUAUACUUUUCCUUUGAAGAUACCUUUCUAUAACUUUGAAUACCAAUCCUUGACAAUGGUAAAUAUUUUAUUAAGGUAGUAUUAGUACUUUAUAUGACUCACAUUCAAAGUAUGUACUGACAAGAACAAGCUUUUUACAUAACCCAGUUGCUGUGGCUUGUACGCUUCUUAAAUGCCAAAAAGACAAAAAAUAGAGUAACCAAAGAUAUUUGAAUCCGCUUCAAUAUGAUUCCUUUUACACAAAACAUACAUUCACACUGUUCUAGUUCAAUUGUGUAUGAUUACAUAGUUUUUAAUGUUAUAAAUGAAAUAUCAAUAUGUUUGCUGGUGUGACGCAAGUCAAAAUGGGAAGAGACUUGAAGAAUUGUAAGACAUAGAAGGGACACAUUAAGUAAAUAAUGUAUACAUAUUUAGCUGACAAAAGCACAGUGGUAAGUGGUACAAUGCUAAUCACAUUAUCAUACAGUAUUCACCAUAGUUUAUUAUCCAUUUUAAUCAAUGGGAAAUAACUCAUAUGCAUAAUUAUCGCAGUGCAAUAAUCAAUUUAACACAGCGAAUGUUAUGUAUGUUAUAUGUUGAUUUAUGUACUGCAUUUUCUAAAAUGAAGGUAAGCUUUACAGAGAGAUUGAGGGGGAAUGACAAGGAGAUGAAGAGACGAAGAGUUAUGUAGAGGUUGGGGCAUUUACGCACAUGUUCAAUCAAGCACCUGAUUCAGGACAAAGAAAUAUUCCAAAGACUUAUUCCCCUAUGUAAAACCAUUGAUGGUGAAUAAUUCAAUAAACAAUAUUAGCUGUCAAAAUGCAAAUGUAAUGGCAUAUUGAUUGUAAUAGUCGCAUUGGAGAUUGAUGGUUGUUGAUAUCUGUCAUGAGGAACCUUUUAAUAUGUUCUGUGCCUGUGCUUAUUGUACAAAGUGCCUGUUUGGAUGAGAAAAUGCGUAUGUCAGAAAAGGUAUAACAAAUGUUGUUAAAAAAGGUUAGAAGAAUGUUGUAUGUUGUGAAAUAAUAAUCUAAGUGUUUGUGAGAAAAUUAUAAGAGGAAUGGAUUGUAUUUUAAAUACAUACAUAUCUGAAAUGUACAUUCUCUUUUACUUCUAAAGUUUCUUUUUAUACUUGAUUUGCACUUCUGUUCAUUCCAUUUCAAUGGCUCAAUUGGCAUUAUGAAAACAUGAUUUCCUUAAACAAACAGGUGUCAUUCACAACAGAAAUAGCAAAUACAUUUUAUUUUGUGAAAAUGAAAAUAUUCCUGCACAAAAAUAUAUGUUGACAAGAUGGUAACAUUUAGCUGUAAACUUGACUGCUGCCUUCAAACCACAUCUGGCUUUUUGUUUACACCAUUCGCACAUUGCCCAAUCCCAUACCAUCACACACACAACAGAUCAGUCUUCACUCUGACGUGAAGGCCAAAAGCAUCAGCACAUUUAUAAAUAUUUACUUCUGUGUGUGUUUUUGAGUGGCAGGGACACCUGCUUCACAUUGACCUGGCUCCUUCAGCAGGAUUAAGCCUAUUACUGUCAUGGAUAGGUUUCAACUUGGGUCACCUUUGGACAAACCAAACACCGCCGGCAUCCUCAGACACAGAGUAAAUAAUCACAACAUGUUUUUUCUUUAAAUGUAGCUCAUAUUUCUUUCAUUUUAUAACAGUAUGAUGUCUGAAAAUAAAUGCAAAUAAAAAGUGAUGACACAUUAAUUCAAAUAA